ACAGCACAGCCCUGCUCUGACAGAGGCGGGCCUCAGCCAGGACUGCAACUCGAGUCCUGCUUGGAGCAGGCCCAGGGCCUCCCAGGGCGCUUGUGUCCAGGUGGCAGGUUAGCUGUCGGGGCCCAGGCAGCAGCCCGUCCUUCUCCCUCUGCUUCUCCGAGGUGCCCAUGGGCUGGACAAUGAGGCUGGCUGUGGCAGCCCUGUUCCUGGGCGUCACGAUGGUGGCGACUGAAGACGAGGACGAAAACGACCCGUGCGUCUAUGAGGCCCUGCCUGACAACGAUGCUGUCCUCUGCAAGGGCCUUGAGGUUUUCUACCCAGAGCUGGGGAACGUCGGGUGCAUGUUUGUUCCUGUCUGCAACAACUAUAGACAGAAGAUCACCCACUGGCCCGAGCCCAUCGUCAAGUUCCCCUGGGCCAUGGAGGGUGCAACCUACAUCCUGGUGAUGGUGGAUCCGGAUGCCCCUAGCCGAUCUUCUCCCAGUGCCCGAUUCUGGAGACAUUGGCUGGUGACAGACAUCAAGGGCAUUGACCUAAAGAAAGGGAAGAUUCAAGGCCAGGAGCUAACGGCCUAUCAGCCUCCCUCCCCACCAGCACAAAGUGGCUUCCAUCGCUACCAGUUCUUCAUCUAUCUUCAGGAAGAAAAGACCAUCUCUCUCCUUCCCAAAGAAAACAAAACUCGAGGCUCUUGGAAAAUGGACAGAUUUCUGAACCGCUUCCACCUGAACGAACCUGAAGCAAGCACCCAGUUCAUGACCCAAAAUUACCAGGACUCGCCAAUUCUCCAGGCUCCUGAUCAAGGAAGCAGUGAGCCCAAGAACAAAACCAAGCCGAGAUAACUGCCUGCCAGACCUUGGGCUUCACCGGCAGGUGUGUGUCCCCAUUGCCACCACCAAUGGUCUGGUGUGGAACCCCUUCUCAUCAAAAUUUUAAAAAAAGAUCAUCCAGCGCUUA